AUGACCUGCUGGAAAGUUUUACCACCUUGUCAAGUACUGCUUCUAAUACUGACAGCGGGAACACUAGCACAAAAUGGUCAAACGAGCCAGAACACAAUAAACGAGGAGUUCACUCCAGGAGUUCUUCGCCAGGCUUCAACGGAUGAUAUUAUAUACGAUCCACCAGUCACGUGUGGAAACGGACUGUUGACUGUUUGCGUUGGCUGUCGAACAAUUAAAAUAUGCGUUGGAACGGAUGAUACUACGAACCCGACCCAGAUUUGUCCUUCCUCAGGUCCGUUCUGCAAUACCGCCGAGGGUGGCUGUUCGACGAUACCGGAUGACUCUCUAGAACAGUGUUCGACCGCAUCGGAAAAUUUGCUGUUCCGCUGCACUGGAAAAGGUAAAUAUCCGGAUCCGUUAUCGUGUGAAGGCUAUUAUUAUUGCGGAGGAAUAGACCAAACUGGCGAUUCAUACCGGUGUCCAUCGGGAUAUACUUACAACAGCAAGGUCCAGUUGUGUCAACGUUCCAACAGUGGAUGCAAACCUAUCAACUGCACUAACUCUGGUCCAAUUUUGAAAGUUUACCCCUCCAACAAUCAGUACUUCUAUUACUGUCAGUACGAUGCUGCAGACACAACGGCUGAUCCGAGUAUCAUUAUGUUCUCUUGCGGUGAUGGAGCAACCUUCGAUACUAGCACUAAAAAAUGUUCUUACAAAUGCCGAAGGGAAGGUCUAUAUGCCAAAUCGACCAACACGAACAUGUACUAUCAGUGCUACUGGGCCAACGGUAAACUGUCGUACAUCGAACGCUCCUGCCCGCAGACGGAUCAGGUGUUCGAUGACACCAAGAAAGUGUGUCUUGCCUCUACGGUGGCAUCCAGCAAACGACGCUUUUGGACAACCCUGGCAAGUGCUGAUCCGGCCCAUAAACGGAGACUCGUACGAUCGGUGGGUCCUGGCCCCAGAAACGCCAGAUGUGAAGAUGGCAAACGGCUAGGUUGUGCCGACUGUUCCUCAGUACAGGUAUGUGGCUGGGAUGGUAAUCCAAUCGAAUCUUCGAAAUAUCGCUGCGAUUCAGUCGAUCGCUCGAAACCAUACUGUUCGGGAAACACGGGAGUUUGCGUCGAGAAACCGGCUGCUGAUUGCAUUAAACCCAGUAACUUGUGUCCAGAACCUGGAAUUUUUCCUCAACCCACCAACUGUCGCGAAUACAUAUUUUGCGAUAACGAGAAAAAGUCCUACGUAGCAUCAUGCGCCGCCAACGAAGUUUACAGCCAUACGAAUCAGGACUGCGUUCGGACUUCACUAGCUAAUCCUUGCUUCCAGCUAAACUGUGGGGCUCCCGCUUCGCAAAACCAAUGGUACGCUUACACGCCAAAUGCUACACUGUACGUGUUCUGCUCCAGUGAGGCCGGCCCAAUGACGUUCAAGUGUAGUGGUCAACAUUCAGCUUUCAAUGCCAACUUGAAACGUUGCGACUUCCGCUGUCCGGAUACUGGUCGGUAUGCUAUACCGGAUGAACCCGCUGACAGUAGACGUUACUAUCAAUGUGUUGCUGGUCCUGGUAACGUGUUAUCCUAUAAUGUCCAAGAAUGUCCAGUCCCUCUUAUUUUCGAUGCGGAAAAUAGGCGAUGUGCUCCUCCCCAGCAGCAGCAGGAGCAGCAGCCCCCCGUUACAGGAUAA